AUGCAUGUAUUUUCAGGUGUCCAAGGAGCACUUCUCUCCACCAUUAUGCACCCAAUUCUACCGCACUCAGUGUUCUUCGGUAGUGUGGCACCUGUGAGUGAUGAUUCAAUGAUGAAUGCUCUGUUUGGACGUCUUGAACCUCCAGCAAUUCCAUGCAAGGUGGAAUCAAUUAGGAACAAAAUUAUGUUGUCCAUGUCACCAUCGCAUGUGUGGACACGUGAUAUGGAGCAUGUGGAAAUGCUGAAUACGGAAUCCGGCCGAACCAACAAGGGUUCACCAUCACGCCUCUGCAAAGCGGCGAUUUUCGAGGCUUUCCUGAAAUUGGCGCCUGAUAGCUUGAAGCGCAGUGGUACAUAUAUGGAGGCAAAAGAAAAGGCAGUCGCUUACAAUGAAGCCAAACGUGUGCUUUACGAGCAACUGGAAGCUGCUGGUCUUGGCAAAUGGCAAACAAAACCUGUGAAGCUGGUCGAUUUCACGUUGGACUCUUAUGAUGCAUAA